AUGGCCGUCAAAUCGGACGACAUCUCCCGGUCCAACGGUGAAUCUACUCCUCAGAAGCGAAGAUUGAGAUCUAAUGCAGAUCUAGUGAUGCACAAGAGUCCAAUAUCUUCUCCUUUGAAGCGGAAAUCGCCUCGCCGAUGCAUCGAUUCGAGCCCUAACACUCCUACUAAUGGAAUUGAGAAAUUAGAAAAGAAUUGCAAAUCACCAGUGAAGAAAAAAUUGUCAAAUAAUUUCAGCGAGAAGCCAAAUUGGAAUCCAACAGAUGUAAAGCAAAUGAGCGCAGUGAAGGAGGCAUUGCAUUUGUCAACAGCACCAUCUAGUGUUGUGUGCCGUGAAGAUGAGCAGAAAAGGCUUUUUGAUUUCUGUAAGGCGUGUAUUGAGCAGGAAAAGGCCGGGAGUUUGUAUGUGUGUGGGUGUCCUGGGACUGGGAAAUCGCUGUCGAUGGAGAAAGUGAAGCAGCGUAUAGUUGACUGGGCAAAAGAGGCUGGGUUUCAGUCUCCGGAUGUACUGGCCAUGAAUUGUACUUCAUUAGCAAAAACAUCUGAAAUUUUCAGCAAGAUGAUGGAGAAGAACCAACCGAGGAAAAAAAUCAAUGGAUCUACUUCCCCUUUACAACAUCUCCAGAGGUUGUAUUCGCAGCAGCAGCAGUCAUCAGUCACAAAAAUGAUGCUGAUAAUUGCUGAUGAGUUGGAUUAUUUAAUAAGCAAGGACUGUGGUGUCCUCCAUGAUCUUUUCAUGCUUACAACUUUACCAUUUUCUAAAUGCAUACUGAUAGGAGUAGCAAAUGCCAAAGACCUAGCAGAUCGCUUUCUUCCGAGACUUAAGUCUUUGAAUUGCAAACCUCUGGUUAUAACUUUCAGGGCCUAUUCCAAGGACCAAAUCCUCAGAAUACUUCAGGAGAGGCUAAUGGCAGUGCCACACUUAGUUUUUCACCCACAAGCAUUGGAACUCUGUGCCAGAAAAGUUGCAGCUGCAUCUGGAGACAUGCGCAAAGCCCUUUGUGUUUGCAGGAGUGCAAUUGAGAUUCUAGAAGCAGAAUUGAGAGAAUCUAUGAGCAACCUAACUUCAUUUUCAACUGACAAAGCGUUUUCUCAACAAAAGACAGCUCCAGCUUGUAUAAAAACACAAGAAAACGACAUUGUGAGGAUUGAUCAUAUGGCUGUUGCUUUAUCAAAAGCAUUUAGAUCCCCUAUAGUGGACACCAUACAGUCCCUCCCUCAGCAUCAACAAAUAAUACUGUGCGCUGCCGUGAAGUUUUUCCGUGGAGGAAAGAAGGAUACUAUUGUAGGAGAGCUGAAUAAAUCUUACAUGGAGAUCUGCAAAUCCACAAUUAUACCGCCAGUUGGAAUCUUGGAAUUUUUGAAUAUGUGCAGAGUACUAGCUGACCAGGGGCUUCUUAAACUAGGCCAGUCUCGUGAUGAUAAAUUAAAGAGAGUCACCUUAAAAGUAGAUGAAGCAGACAUCACAUUUGCAUUGCAGGGAGUUCGAUUCUUUCGGAAUUGUCUUAAGUGA